AUGGAGAAACAACAGCCCCUUCCUGACGGCUCCGCAUCCGACAUGAACAAACUGGAAAUCGACUCUAACAUUGAUGCCCGGGAUGCUUAUGUCGGCGAGAUGCUUGCGAUUAAUGCCACUCCGCAAAUGGAACGAAGGGUUCUAUGGAAGCUCGAUCUUUUGUUCUUCCUUGGAAUGGGAGAGGCAUCCAUUGCUCCUGGAUUUGCCCUAAUCACGGGUAUGUUCUACAAGAGAGAGGAACAGCCGGUGCGGCAGGCGGCCUGGUUCAUUGGAAAUUCGAUUGCAACAGUGAUUGGCGGAGUUGUCGCUUAUGGAAUUGGGGAGAUUAGUAGCACCUCCCUCGAGGAUUGGCAGCUAUUGUUCCUUAUUUUAGGCGCCGUCACUGCCGCAUACGGAUUCGUCCUCUUUGCAUUCCUACCCGACUCACCAGCUAAGGUGAUGUUCUUGAACGAAACUGAGAAGGCUAUUGCCCUGCAUCGAACUCUAAAGAACAAAACUGGAGUUCUAGAUGCGGGUAAAUUCAAGUGGGAUCAAGUCCUAAUGGCUAUCAAGGAUCCACAAACCUGGUUUCUUGUGCUUUAUACGCUAUGUGCGAACUUCUGUAAUGGAGGUAUAACCAGUUUCCAGUCCAUCAUUAUUGCCGGUUUUGGGUUCUCGGAUCUCAAAGCCCUUCUCAUUCAGAUGCCAAUUGGAGCUGCGCAAAUCGUCUACGUUGUUAUUACCUCUGGGGUUGCGAGUGUUGUCAGCUCCAGUCGAAUUCUCAUGAUGAUCCUAAACACGGCACUUGCAAUGGUUGGUAUGAUCCUCAUUUGGAAGCUGGAUGAUGAGAACCGCGCGGGAAAGAUGGCAGGUCUCUGCCUGGGAGUGGCUUUUGUUGCCAACAUCCCCCUAUCACUUAGCAUAAUCAGCUCGAACGUGGCUGGAUUCACGAAGAAGAGCACCGUCAGUGCCCUAAUGUUUGUGGCGUACUGUGUCGGAAAUAUUGUUGGACCUCAAUUUUUCAUUCCCUCUGAGGAACCGGCAUAUCCAACUGGCAUCAAAGCAGCGAUGUCGGGAUUGAUCUUUGGAAUUUUCUUCCUAAUCUGUCUCUAUGGCUUUUACCAAUGGGAAAACCGUCGGCGAGACCGAUUGUAUGGAUCACCGAGACAAGUGACCGUGUCGGAGGAACUGGAGGACGAGCUAUCCAAUAAGACCGACCAUGAGAUAGAAAGCUUCCGAUAUUUGCUGUGA